CGUUUUUCGCAGCAGUUCGCAGCGGCGGCCGAAAAGAUUCGGUCGCAAAAUUCUGAAGGGGAAAUAGUUGUCAAAAAAAAUAAGGAAAUAAUAUAAAACGCAUACGUCUACGCGAGUGGUUCGUCGUGCAGAGCGGGUUUAUUUACAAUUCAUCGUGAGUGUCGUGUCGAAAUGAUCCUGGAAGCGGAGGAUCCGCACCAGCGCGUCGCGAAUGCAGCCCAUGCUGUGCGCCAAUCGCACCUCCGCUGGCGAAUUUCGCACCUGUCCGCGAUGACGGCCAAGAAAACGCAUUCGCGUGCCACUUGCUGCGGCCGCGUCGUCAGCCGCAAUCACUUUUUCAAGCACAGUCGCGCCUUCCUGUGGUUCCUGCUCUGCAACCUGCUGGUGGGCGUGGACCCCGCCCACUCCCAGCUGCUCAUCAACGUUCAGAACCAGGGUGGCGAGGUGAUCCAGGAGAGUAUUACCUCCAACAUUGGCGAGGACCUUAUAACGCUGGAGUUCCAGAAGACGGACGGAACGCUCAUCACCCAGGUCAUCGACUUUCGCAAUGAGGUUCAAAUCCUCAAGGCCUUGGUGCUCGGCGAGGAGGAGCGCGGCCAGAGCCAGUACCAGGUCAUGUGCUUCGCCACCAAGUUCAACAAGGGCGACUUCAUCUCCUCGGCGGCAAUGGCCAAGCUGCGCCAGAAGAAUCCGCACACCAUCCGCACUCCCGAGGAGGACAAGGGCCGGGAGACCUUCACCAUGAGCAGCUGGGUGCAGCUGAACCGUUCGCUGCCCAUCACCCGCCAUCUGCAGGGCCUCUGCGCGGAGGCCAUGGACGCCACCUACGUCCGGGAUGUGGACCUCAAGGCCUGGGCGGAGCUGCCAGGCUCCUCGAUCUCCAGCCUGGAGGCGGCCACCGAGAAGUUUCCGGACACGCUCUCGACGCGCUGCAACGAGGUGAGCAGCCUGUGGGCGCCCUGCCUGUGCAACCUGGAGACCUGCAUCGGCUGGUAUCCCUGCGGACUCAAGUACUGCAAGGGCAAGGGUGUCGCCGGCGGAGCGGACUCCUCGGGCGUCCAGCAGCCGGCACAGCCCACGAAUUAUCGCUGCGGCAUCAAGACCUGCCGCAAGUGCACACAGUUCACCUAUUAUGUGCGGCAGAAACAACAGUGCCUCUGGGAUGAAUGACGACGCGGCGAGCUGCAGCUGAUGCAGAUGCAGAUGCGCUGCGCCAGGCGGCGGAAUGGGACCGAGGAUGAUCCCAGUGCCACCUGUCCGGGUGGCGAAACCAGAGUAGUAGCAGCAGCAACGACAGCGACAAUAACUGGGAGGAGGGAUGGCAAGGAUACGACGACGACAACAACGACGACCAACAAAUUACGCCAACUGCUUUUGUUGGUCCAGCAGCAGAUGCCUUUUGCUCUGUGGAGUUUUCCGGUCCAUCACAUUUCCCAGCCGCCCCACACCCAUUCAUACUCCCAAUCCCAACAUAAGCCCAGCCAGCAGCAGCAGCAGCAGCAUCAGCAUCAUUCUCAGGUUGCCCCCACUUCGCAUCACCCGUCAUCAUCGCCAUCAUCGCCAUCAUCAUCAUCCGCAAUGGCCGCCAUCGUUGCGUGAUAAUGAACGCUCGAAAUACCCAACUUCCCCAAGCCCCAACUGCACGUCCAGGAAAAAACAGAGUGUUGACACUUUUUCCGCUCACGAUUCAAGAUUCUGGACGCCGUCAUUUGAAUAUAACCCACUGGAGGUGGAGAUCGGACCACAUCAAAAAAUAAAAGAAAAGGAGUAAAGCGAAAUAAAUGUAAAAAUGUGCUUCUGUAUACUAUGUAUAUAUAUGUAUAUUUAACGAUGAUUAGCUUUUAGCCAGCUUACGUUGUACGCUUAUGCCGGAUUACGUUUUAGAUCUAGAUAAGGUGUACCUAUUCAUUUUAACCCCAGGUUAGGCACUUUUCAAACUUUGUCCUCUUAGCACUUACAUUUUUUCUUUGUUUUAUCCUAUAUAUUACAUUUUUUUCCCAAAGAACAACUCUAUAACUUGACAUUCUAUUGAUUCAAUUCCACUUGUCUAAUACUCUUCGUGUCUUUUUAAGGUAUUAAGGAACUGCUAACAAUUUUUCCUGUAGCCUCCUUCGCUUUUUUUUACCUUUUCUAGUCCAUUUCCAAUUUGUUUACUUUGCCCGUUCACUUCACACUUUUUCCAUCCCCAUUGUGUGCAGCAAUUUCGUUUCAAUUACCCUUUUAGAGCGUUUUAUAUUUCCUUUGUUUGCCAGUAUCUGCACUUCACUUUACCUUAACUGAAGCCUGAUUAGAUGUAUUAAGAAUGUUGGACACAAUAUCACGUUCCACGCUCCUUCCACUCGUGUUGCGUUGAGCUCAAGAAUAUAAAAUAGGUAUAUAAUAUAGGGGAUAUAAAUAAAUUAAAUGUGGCCUUAGCGUAUUUUAUGAGCGGUAGCGAAAAAAAAGGAAAUUAAUUGAACUAAGGAAUUUGUCAGAACGCGUAAUUAAUUGUGCUCAUAAUAGUUGUAACAGAAAAACCACAAGAAUAUGAUAUAUGGGGAAUUCUACUAGCCAAAACGACUGCCGCAAUAAAAGCUUUUCUAUCUUUUUUCACUCGAAAAUGGCUGUUUGAAAUACCCCCUCUCCCGUUUCUCUUUCUUUCCAAUCUUUCUCCCACUAAAUCUACACUAUCUAAACUAGACCGUAAACACGCCUGCCUUUUUGCCUUUGACUUGUAACCUUUUCCACUUUAUAUUCGAAACAAAUGAAAUACCUUACGAUGAGAAAACCUUAAGCAAAUUAAAUUGAUACCAAUAAUAAACAAUACCAAGAACAAUAAUCUAUUGUAUAAAUUUCAAGAACCUAGUCUACUUAGAGUGUUAGAAUGGCAUAUUUUCCUAAAAGCGUACUACAAAAGAAAUCAAAUGAAAAACAAAAAGUCUCAAAACCAGUUUCGACGACAAGAAAAACCAACGGUGAUAAUAAUUUUUUCUACGAUACAGAAGGGCAGCUCCUUUGACUCACUGUAUGAAAACGUAAUGGAAACGAAAUUGAUAAUUGAUCAAGUGUAAAAAUUGAUUAGUAUUAACUAAGCAUUUAAAUACGAUACAACUCGAUGAUCUGAAUUGUGUAAAGAGCAUUUGCCAAUAAUAAACGAUUAAUCGACUAGUCCUAACAAAGUAAUUGAAAUUAAUAAUUAGUCUUAAUACAAAUGCUGACAAAUUCUACGUUUUAUAUAAAAAAAGAAUAAUGAAAACAU